CUCUGAACGCACUGUCAGCCUGCGCAUAUUUUUUUUUAUGACUGCAGCGCUGCCAUGCAUGCAUGUCGUGCCUCUGUUUGUGUGCAGAAUGUUGAAAUUUCAAGCAGUUUUUGAAGGAGAUGUGGCAAGAGAUGUUGAAGAAACAGAUGGAAAACAAGAGGUCCUGCUUGAAUGAAAGUGUGGGGAAACAGAAGCUGAGGAUAAAAGCUGAGGGGAAAAGGCACUGUGAUUAGAGAGAGAGAGAGAGAAUAAAAGAAAGAAAGAGAGAGAUUGCAAGGCGGAGGAAGAGGAGGAGGCAGAAGAGGCGAUCUGCUGAAGGGAACCAGCAGAGCCGCUGAUUUUACCAAAACCCUCGGCAGCUGCCUUCUGUUGCUGUGGAGAUGGGCUGUUGGCUCUCUGGACCAUGGAUGGGUGACCAAACGAUGAGCGGGCGGAGUCUAGCACACCUAAGCCAGCGGGAUGCUUUGAGGAUUAUUGCUGCGAGUCAGCGCCCCAUCACCUUGCAAAUCAAGGGCCAGAGGAGGCGGGGCAAUGAGGGAGACAGGGGAUCCUGGGAACCCCUGCCGCUCAACCUGCAGCACCUCAACCUACCUCUUCCAAUGAGGGGGGCAGGAAUUAACACAUCUAGCCCCUCCUACCCAGACAGACAUUAUUAUGGCCAUCUGUCUCUGCCACAAGAUCACUGUGAUGGAGGACGGUACAGCUAUAUGUCUAGCUCACCACGGGACACUGUGGAAAUCAACCAUCAGGAUCUCGAACUCGCCAGACGUCGACAAAAAAGGAAGAAUUGCCUGAUGGGAUGUUGCAAUCCUGACUUAGAUGAACCAACAACCUGCCACAGCCAGACUGACGAUGAGGACUUCAUCCUGGAGAAGCCAUUGGGUUACAUGCCCCUUCACCAUGAGUUGGACAGUGGUCUGGGCUGGACAGAUGGCUCCCUCCAUCAGGGUGAUCUCUCAGGGCUGGAGACAGAGGAGGGAGGUCUGGAAGACUGUCAUCCUCAUGGGAACUUUGCCACUGCUGGGUGUGGGGGGUUCGGAGGUGGGGGCUCUCCGUCCUCAGAGUCUUUCAUCUCCUCGGAGCUCAGCGAUUCAGGCUUCUACAGUGUUAGCACCGGUGAGUUCAGGCACUUCCAAAGGCUCUUAGAGAAGAGGAUGCGUCUGUACAAUGCCAGGAUGCAACAUCAGGGUGAACCAUGCGAGAGACGCGAGAGGCGUGACAGCUGCCCCAAGAGCCACAGAGAGCUGCUCGAGUCGAUACCAGAGGCCCUGACGAUGCAGCCCCCAUGUCAGCACCUGCAAAAUGGGAUGGAGGAUGGAGCUGGGCCAGUCAUGGAUGUCCAGCCUCGUGGACUUUUCAGGGUUUCAUCGGUCCAGUUCCAUAAAGCUGACCGACCCUGUCUGAACCGCCACAGCUCUAGCAGCGGCGCUCUCUUCAACCCCUCUCACGCCGCAGUCCCACGUAUAAAUGCCCCAGUCCUCUCCACCUGCAGCACACCCUCCAGCCAUCGAAGACCACAAAUACCCAUGCAGCAGCAGUACAACCACCAGGGUUCAAGCUCAGUAGGCAUGCUGAGGAGGAGCAGAACCCUACACCACCGACCGCCUCCGCAGGAAUACCGCCGCCGGGCCAGCCACCCAGCAUCACCUUCCUACUGUGCUGCAACUCUGCACUACUGUGGAGGUGUCACUCCACACAACGUCCUUCCACCAGGCCUGCCAGAGGAAGGUGAGCUAGAUGCUGGUGUGAUGGCUUCCCACCCAACAGGCAUGGCCCUAUCACCCCAACAACACCCGGCUGCUUUGGGACACGUCAGGGGCACCAACACCAGUGAGCGAUGCUAUGACAACUCGGGUGGUCAGAUCACACAAAAUGACUGGUGGCACACUCAAGAUAGAAGCUUAAUGCCUGAGCCAGCGAUGGCAGAAAGAGAGAGGGAGAUGGAGAGGGAACUGGAACAAAAGAGACAACUACAAAAGGAAAAGGAGAUUGAAAGGGAAAGAGAAAUUGAAAGAGAGAUGGAGAGGGAAAGAGAGACAAAGCUCCAGGAGGAGAAGGAAAGAGAGAGGCAACUGGAGCUGGAAAGGAGCAGAGCUAGAGAACAGCAGCACCUCCAGAGUCAUGUCCUCCCACUGCAGGCUGGAGACGUCAACGACACCUGGCCAAAGCCGGCCAGUCGUCAGUCCUAUGGAGGUGGAGGAGGUAGAGGUCUCUACAGCACUUUGGAGGGCCACACAGGAGUUGGAACUUCUGCUGAAUGUGAGGCAAAGAAUGGACAAAUAAAUGCAAACUCAAGUCACAAUGCCGGUUCCGGUCUGCAGGCAAAACCUAACCCAAGCUCUAGACCUAACACAACCUCACGAGUCACAAGGAGCCAGUUGCUCAGAGAUCGAGCUCAUCAGCUGGCAGAUGAACGGAGUGGAAUGAGUACUGAUGAAGAGAACAACACUGACAUGCUGCUGGGUCGCUACUGGAGUCGAACAGAGAGGAGAGAACACUUCCUGUUGGCUCGGGAGCAAAAGCAGCAACAGCUGCUGGCCAGAGGCGGACCUUUACGAGAAGCUGUUAGCCGGGGAGCAGCGUCUAUAGGAGACGGAGGCUUAAUAGAAAGCAGGGGAGUUGGACCGUUUGCUGAGGGGCGAUGCAAAACUGUCCUGGAGCUGAGUCAACGGAAGCUGAGUCGUCUGAGGAACAGAAAGCUGUUGGAUGACUGGACAACCGUAGAGGAGCUGCUGACUCAUGGGACCAGGUUGGACAACCAGGAGGACAUGUUGUGUCCAAGCUCCUUGUUGACAGUCACCACUGUCUAACUGCACAGACACAAUGUUUAGUUUAACCUCUGAGUGUGUGUGAUGUUAAACUAAUGAUAUAAUAUUAUGUGAAUCUGCUUGUUCCGUCUUUCUCAGAGUUAGACAAGAACAUGGAUGUCAGCUGA